ACAUGUAUCCAGCGAUUUACAACGAAAAUCUUGAAGAUUAUGAUUGCGAUUGUUCAUCGUAUAUUCUAUUCAAUGAAGACGGCAAGAAGUUGCAGAAAGUAUAUCACAUGACCGGACAAUCAUUUGAAAGAAGUCCUAUUUAUUUAUACUGGGGGAAUUUGUCUAUUAAAAAGGUGGAAUUUACGAUGGACGGAAGUUUCAUAUACACAUUCAACGGAACAGGGACAAAUGCUACAUCGUUCUACCGGAAUGAGAAGUUCAUUUCUAUGAAGCCAAAUAAAAACACUAAAAAGAAGUUUACAUCCAACAAUGAUAUCACAACACCGUAUUUUUACAUGGAUUUUGGAAACGAUUUCAACUAUGGUAACUGGAUCGAAGCCAAAAUGGUUAAUGGAUACUACAAACUUAUUAUGUAUUACAACGACGGUUACUCUAAUCAUGAUCAUUGA